AUGGGGAAAGGAGGAGUGUUGAGCGAAGGCGUGCUGAAGAAGAUCGUACUUUCCUACACCUAUGUCGCCAUAUGGAUCUUCCUAUCCUUCACUGUGAUUGUGUACAACAAGUACAUCUUGGACCGGAAAAUGUACAACUGGCCGUACCCAAUAUCUCUCACAAUGAUUCACAUGAGUUUUUGCUCAUCUUUAGCCUUUCUUUUGGUUCGAGUAUUCAAGGUAGUCGAGCCCGUCACCAUGUCUUGGGAUCUUUAUUUGAAAUCUGUAGUACCAAUUGGGCUUCUUUAUUCGCUUUCACUUUGGCUUUCAAAUUCUGCUUAUAUUUAUCUCUCCGUAUCAUUUAUUCAAAUGCUCAAGGCCCUUAUGCCUGUGGCUGUGUAUAGUAUUGGGGUUCUUUCGAAGAAGGAUAUCUUUAAAUCAGAGACCAUGACAAAUAUGAUUUCGAUCUCUAUUGGGGUUGGUAUAGCUGCUUAUGGGGAGGCUAAGUUUGAUGCUUGGGGAGUUAUGCUGCAAUUGGGUGCUGUGGCUUUUGAGGCCACCAGGCUUGUUAUGAUCCAGAUCUUGCUCACUUCCAAGGGAAUAACCCUUAAUCCCAUAACGUCUCUCUAUUAUGUAGCACCCUGCUGCUUGAUUUUCUUGUUUUUCCCUUGGGUUUUCGUCGAGUAUCCUCUGCUGAAGGAGACCUCCAGCUUCCAUUUAGAUUAUUUCAUUUUUGGGACCAAUUCUCUCUGUGCGUUUGCCCUGAAUCUCGCGGUAUUCUUGCUAGUGGGAAAGACCUCUGCAUUGACCAUGAACGUGGCUGGUGUAUUUAAAGAUUGGCUCUUGAUUGCAUUCUCAUGGUCUGUGAUUAAGGAUACUGUGACACCAAUCAAUUUGUUUGGUUAUGCGUUGGCCUUCUUGGGCGUUGCUUAUUACAAUCACUCGAAGCUGCAGGCACUCAAGGCGAAAGAAGCAGAAAAGAAGGCUCAGCAGCCUGAUGAGGAGGCUGGAAGGUUGCUGGAGGAAAGAGAAGGGGAGAAUAAUGGUACCAAGAAAAACGAAUUACAGAAUUGA